GCUGGUGGUGGCGGUGGAAGAAGCCUUCACCCACAUCAAGCGGCUGCAGGAGGAGGAGCAGAAGAACCCCCGGGAGAUCAUGGACCCCCGCGAGGCCGCCCAGGCCAUCUUCGCCUCCAUGGCCCGGGCCAUGCAGAAGUACCUGAGGACCACCAAGCAGCAGCCCUACCACACCAUGGAGAGCAUCCUGCAGCACCUGGAGUUCUGCAUCACCCACGACAUGACCCCCAAGGCUUUCCUGGAGCGCUACCUGACGGCCGGUCCCACCAUCCAGUACCACAAGGAACGCUGGCUGGCCAAGCAGUGGACGCUGGUCAGCGAGGAGCCGGUGACCAACGGCCUCAAGGACGGCGUGGUCUUCGUCCUGAAGCGCCAGGACUUCAGCCUGGUGGUGUCCACCAAGAAGAUCCCGUUCUUCAAGCUCUCCGAGGAAUUCGUGGACCCCAAGUCGCACAAGUUCAUCAUGAGGCUGCAGUCGGAGACCUCGGUGUGAUCGGCCGGGAUUUAUUUUUUUUUUGUUGUUGUUGUUGUUGGUUUUUUUUCAUCCCCCCCCAAAAAAAAAUUCUUCCGGCUCCGAAUCUCCGAAUUUGGCUCGGAAAACGGGAAAAACGGGAAAAACGCUGCCAGCUCCGGCGCUUUCCUGGGAUCGUGACCACUUGUGGGGUUUUUUUUUGAGGUGGCUGAGCCCCUUUUCUUCCUCCUCUUCCUCCUCCUCCUCAUUCCCGGAAUCCGGAUCCUUUGGAGCCGUAACUCAAGGGCUAAUUCCAAGAAUUCCCGAUUUCCUUCUUCACCAGCGUUUGGGAGCAGCUCCGGGUCCUGCCGACCUUCUGCUCCUCUUCUCCUGGACAACUGUCCUGGCUCUGGCCUUAAACCCAAACCCGGCCCCCGGGGCUGGCUUUGGGAUCCCCAAAUUCCCCAAAUUCCCCAAAUCAAGGGAAUUUUUUGGGCCGUGGGGGAAGGAUUUGGGAUCCGUGGCUGCUAUGGAAAAGUUCCCGUGGUUUAUCCCAGGUUUUGGGAGCUUCCUCCUCGCUCCCGGUUUUGGGUUUUUUGAGGGAAAAAUGAGCGGAAAUUUGGGUUUUUCAGAGCUUUUGGGGUAUUUUUGGGGUGGAUUUUGCUGCUCCUGAGGGGAUCCUCAUCCCAAAUUCCAGCAGGGACUUCCAAGUGCCAUCGGAGCAAUCACGGAUCCGUAACCCCGAGGAGCUCCUGGCAGAGCUCAACGCUCACCAACGAGGAAAUCCCACAGAA